AUGCAGGCUAAGAAGAUAGCAGGAGAGGAAGACAGAGAGAGACAGCAGAAAUUAUUAUUUAAUGAGUGUAAGCUUCAUAGUCUUCUCCAGGUAUUAACAGCUGAUGGAUGCACUGACUGGUCUGUGGAUUACAAGAAAUAUCAAGUUCUAGUGGGAGAACCUGUUCGUAUAAAAUGUGCACUCUUUUAUGGAUAUAUUAGAGCUAAUUACUCCCUAGCCCAAAGUGCUGGACUUAGUUUGAUGUGGUACAAAAGCUCUGGACCUGGAGAUUUUGAGGAACCUAUAGCUUUUGAUGGAACCAGAAUGAGCAAAGAAGAAGACUCCAUUUGGUUCAGACCAACAGUGGUACAAGACAGCGGGCUCUAUGCAUGUGUUAUAAGAAACUCAACUUAUUGUAUGAAGGUGUCCAUUUCGCUGACAGUGGGUGAAAAUGACACUGGGCUCUGCUACAAUUCGAAGAUGAAAUAUUUUGAAAAAGCUGAACUUAGCAAAAGCAAGGAAAUCUCAUGUCCUGAAAUUGAGGAUUUUUUAUUUCCAUUUAGGGAACCUGAAAUUCUGUGGUAUAAGGAGUGCAAGUCAAAGACAUGGAGAUCAAGUAUUGUGUUUAAAAAGGACACUCUUGUCAUUCGGGAAGUUAGAGAGGAUGACAUUGGGAAUUACACUUGUGAGCUAAAAUAUGGAUUCUUUGUUGUCAGAAGAACUACGGAGUUGACAGUUACAGCACCACUAACAGAUAAACCACCAAAGCUUUUACACCCCUUGGAGAGUAAGCUAACAAUUCAGGAGACCCAGUUAGGCAGUUCUGCUAAUCUAACCUGCAGAGCUUUCUUUGGAUACAGUGGAGACGUCAGUCCUUUAAUCUACUGGAUGAAAGGAGAGAAGUUUAUUGAAGAUUUGGAUGAUAGUCGAGUCUGGGAAAGUGACGUUAGGGUUCUCAAGGAACAUCUUGGGGAGCAGGAGGUUUCCAUCUCAUUGAUUCUUGACUCAGUCGAAGAGGCAGACCUAGGAAAUUAUUCCUGCUACGUAGAGAAUGGGAAUGGACGCCGGCAUGCCAGUAUUCUUCUGCACAAAAGGGAGCUGAUGUACACAGUUGAGCUUGCUGGUGGCCUUGGUGCUAUUCUGCUGCUGCUUGUUUGUUUAGUGACUCUCUACAAGUGUUACAAGAUAGAGAUUAUGCUCUUCUACAGAAAUCAUUUCGGAGCUGAAGAACUAGAUGGAGAUAACAAAGACUAUGAUGCAUAUCUAUCUUAUACCAAAGUGGAUCCUGAUCAGUGGAAUCAAGAAACUGGAGAGGAAGAAAGAUUUGCUCUUGAGAUUCUACCAGAUAUGCUGGAAAAACAUUAUGGAUACAAGUUGUUCAUACCAGACAGAGAUUUGAUUCCCACAGGAACCUACAUUGAAGAUGUGGCAAGAUGUGUAGACCAAAGCAAGCGACUGAUCAUCGUCAUGACUCCAAGUUAUGUUGUAAGAAGAGGUUGGAGCAUCUUUGAACUGGAAACAAGGCUUCGAAAUAUGUUAGUCACGGGAGAAAUCAAAGUGAUACUGAUUGAAUGCAGUGAACUACGAGGAGUUAUGAACUACCAGGAGGUUGAGGCCCUAAAACAUACCAUCAAGCUCCUCACUGUCAUAAAAUGGCAUGGACCAAAAUGCAACAAGUUGAAUUCCAAGUUCUGGAAACGUUUACAGUACGAAAUGCCUUUUAAGAGGAUUGAACCCAUGACAAACGAGCAGGUUUUAGAUGUCAGUGAGCAGGGGCCCUUUGGGGAACUGCAGACAGUCUCCGCAAUUUCCAUGGCCGCUGCCACCUCCACUGCUCUUGCCACUGCCCAUCCAGACCUGCGCUCCACCUUUCAUAACACAUAUCAUUCACAGAUGCGCCAGAAACACUAUUAUCGAAGCUAUGAGUACGAUGUACCUCCUGCCGGCACCCUGCCUCUUACCUCAAUAGGUAACCAGCACACCUACUGCAACAUCCCCAUGACACUUAUAAACGGGCAGCGGCCGCAGACAAAAACUAACAGGGAGCAAAACCCCGAAGAGGCUCACACAAACAGUGCCAUACUGCCCCUCUUGCCACGGGAGACCAGUAUAUCGAGUGUCAUUUGGUGACCGACAUGCAAGGGGCUGUCAACCCCCUUGAGUAGGAGCAGAGUCUGCAGUCUGGUGCCUGGAACUACAUCCUCGACUGCUGCUGUUAAACAUGCAUUACAAUCGAUCACAAACGAGGAAAA